CCGCCUCUCACAAGCUCACGAUUUACUGAGCCCGCCCCACAGGGUUCCUGAUGAACGGAUGAAGACGUUGCACGCGUCGCAGAGCGGGUCGAGCUGCUGGCAAUUUCAAGUCUAAUUGGAACAGCUGCAAGUAUUGGGCGUUGUCGCAGCUUCAUAUUGCUUUGCUGUUCGCGCAGCAGGCGAGUUAUCCACACCGCUAAGUUCCGGCUUCGCAUGCCUUCCCCUUUCUUCUCCAGACUCAAUCAAUUUCAAGGCGAGAAGCUCUCACAUAUCGUGCAAGGCUCAGCAAAUCAGCGGGGUAAUAAGUACCCCACUAAUGAGUUGCUUCACAAGAUGUACGAAUAGAGCAAGUAGGUGCUUCUGACUUGGUGCACAUCUAAAGGCAAUAGUAGAGGUAUUCAAGGAUGGGUAAAUGCAUUGGUUCCCUUUGGGUGUCCGACUUGGCAGUGCUUCAAGGCUGGCGAAGAGCUGGCAAGGUAUUCCCGUGCUAAGACAGAUGCAUGUGUUGUUAAGGAUAUUAAUUUGAUACGAGAAAAGAGGGGUCUCGCUAUACAGAUUUGCUCGUUCUAUAUGACUACCCCUCCAUCCAUUCCUUUCAUCCUCACAUUUUUUUGAUAUCUUUUUGCUUACUCUUCGCGCAAUUCUUCGACUACACUCCGCUUGACUUCAAUAUCAAUACUGAAACUUGUAAAUCAAAUUUCAUAUCAAAUACUCACCUCAUACCUUCAAAAUGGCGGCAGCAGUUAUGUCUAUGCCAGCAGUUCAGGGACUUUCUUUGGAUGGUGGGGUUAUGGCCCCAUCACCAGUUUCCCAAAACUCGAGUCGCCAUGGAAGAAGUAAAAAUACAGGUAGUGUUGUCAAGAAGGGGCGAGGACGAGGAUACAGUGUUCAUGAAGGACGAGAGACAGCCAUCUCCAAGGCCCUCACCUGGGUUUUGAAGAGAACCAUCCAAGAGGGAGAACCUCAAGAGGAGGGCACUGAGAAAUUGGUAGCAGAUGCAGAAGGCUGGGUAGACUGCGAAGAAGUUGUAAGUCGAUUUCCCCAUCUUAAAUAUCAACAGAAGUCACUAACAACAUACUUCUUCCAGCUCCAGAAGCCAAAUCUCGUAGAGCUCGAAGUCAAAUUCGAAGAACUACACACCGUCGUCACAUCCCCAAAAUCCCGCUUCGCUGUAAAGCUAAAGCCUGAAUACGAAAAGGACGAUGAGGAGGAAGCCAACGCACCCGACUAUCUAAUUCAAAUGGUCGCUUCGGCUGCCCCAACCACCACUCCAUCCGCCACACCCGAAAAAAAGUUAACUCCCCUCACAUCCGAAACCGAAGACCUUCCAGAUUUCAUCGUCUACGAGACCUCAUACGCCAACUACCCCCUCAUAUUGGCCUCUGGCGGAAUCAAAAAGGCAGGCGGACAAGCCCUCCUUCAGUUCUCUACCAUUAAAGUAGACGAGGACGGAACUGAGGUACGAUCUGCGAGUGGUGCCGAUGUGUCAAUCCACAUUGAUCUUCGAGCCGUCAUGGAAGCUGAGCCCAAGAUUCUUUGGGCUCGAACGGAGACUGGAAAUGUCGUUACCGAAGCCGGACCAACCUCCACCAUCGACAAGAAAUACUGGAAGAAAGCCGUUGGACGACGAGCCGAUAUCGGUCUUCUAUAUGAGGAUGGUGUUGUCAAGAAGGAAGUUCCCAUCGGAUUGAGAGGCAAAGGAACCAAGGGAAAGAAGGGAUUGAAGGGAAAGGGAGCCAGUGCUAAUAUGAAGGAGAUGAAGGCCACUAGCGAUGAUGACUCUGCUAGUGAUGAGUAG